AUGGAAAACAUUAAUUAUAAUGAGAGUUUUCUUGAUCCAUACUUUAGUAAUUCUGAAAGCGAAUCUGCAAACGAAAUAGAAAACUUUUCUAUUCUUAAUUUCGAAACAGAUACAUAUCAAAGUGUUAAGAAUAAAAUUUUGCAGCAGAAUAGUAAUAAUGAAAAUGAAGAUUAUGACCUUAAUAAUGAAGCAGAAGAAAAUAUAAUUGAGUUUGAUGAAACAACUGACGAAAUUAUACUAAAUCAAUCUUGUUUGGAGGAUAAUGGUGGCCACUUACAUCAACGAUUAAGUAGAGGAGUUUCAGAGUUUGGUUGUGAUAGUAAGCAUGAUGACUUAACUGUAAUUCUAGAAAAAUUUGGAAAUUGGAUUCAGUUAGUUGCAAAAUCAGAUAAUAAAUUACAAAAACAGCAACUUAUUUGGUUAUUAUUGCCAAUGAUUGAGACGUUAAAACUACAUGUGCCACAGGAUUUACAAAAUCAUUUAAGUGCUAAAACAAAAGCAGAGCAUUUAAAAGAAAAAGAAUGUGCAUACUUUGGAAAUCUUCUUGGAGAGUCUUUAUGGCAAUCUCACAUAUUGCUUAAAAACGAUUUACCAAUUUUAGAAAUCUACAGUCUCUUGAACAAUAUGCUGAAGCAUUGCCCCGAACUUUGUGGUCCUUUUUUAUAUCGAUUAUAA